AUGUCCGCCUCUUUACGCGAAACUGAGCUAUCCAUCCGAACAUGCAUUUUGUACGAGGCCCUUGACGAUAAACCAAUUGAGGAAUCCUUCAAAAACUUCUGCAGAAAAGUCGGAAAAGGCGCCAUGACACUUUAUGAUUUCGAUUAUUGGUUUUAUCGAUUUCACAACGGAAAUCAUGAUUUGCAUCAUGACAGAAGCAAGGAUCCCAAACAAUUGACGCUCUCGGACAUGCCAAUUGGCGUAAUGCCCGAAAUCUUGAGCAACGUGGAUCCGAUUGAUAGAUUGGUUCUUCGAAAAGUGUCGCAAGGCCUUCGCCACGUGGUUAAGAGCAUAGGAUGGGAAUUCGAUACUUUGACAUUUAUCAAAGAUACUCGUUUCUUUCGUAUUCAUUUUCCUUCCAGUCAAACAAUUUAUAAUUCAAAAGAGAAUGGAUGUAGUGUCACGCAAUGGAGAGAAUUUGGCGAUGGCAAACCAAGUCAAUUCAGGAGAAAAUUUGUUGAAGGAGGCGACAAAAGCGAGUUACUUUACAAUGAUUGCAAGAUAUUGUUGGAAAACAAAGUUUUUGCUUUAAAAUCGUUCGAUUUCUCCAUUUGGCACACGAUGGAACGACUUGUGAAAAAUAUCUUGACAGAACCAUUGAAAUCAUCAAAUCUGCCAAAAUAUUCGCCACCACAAGCCUGAGCAUUGGUCUAUGGAGUUUCACGAAACCUCUCGAAUUCUGGAGCUCGUGGAGCCCGAAUCGCUCGAGGAGCUGGAUUUUGAAAUUAGAAACGGAUCGAUUGGCUACGAACACGUUGUGAAUACGGAACAAUGGAAAAUGGCAAAGUAUUUAAAAUCAUGGGAAGAAACCUCCAUUCCAAUCGAACAUUUGCUUCAUUUCACUACUUUUACCGUGCGAUUGACGGAAUUCACUGUGGAAGAUGCCAGGAAAAUUCGCGAUAUGCUCGACACCUCUGGCACUUUUGAAAAAGCAAAGAUCACUGUGAAAACAAUCGAUUCCAUCGAAAUCGCGAGAGUAUUUGUCCCGGAUUUUGAACUUGGCGCUGACGAAAAUGGAAACGAAAAAUUCUACUACACAACCGCGAAGGGCAGGAUGUUCAGAAUCGGUUUCAGUUCUUGCGGGAACGUAAAGAAAUUGACUAUUAAAUAUCUCGACUCUGAUGAUUCGGAAGACUCGGAUUAUUGAUA